CCAGGGCCCUUUCUCAUUAAGCGGCUGAAGUUUUGUAAGGACAAUGUGCUCUCCCACUCAUACUGUCUGCAUCCUGAUAUCAUCAAGCUUUCCUGUUCUGACCAUCGCAUCAAUAGCAUCUAUGGCCUCAUCAUCAUUCUCACAACUUUUGGACUGGAUUCUGUAUUCAUCCUCCUCUCUUAUUUGAAGAUCCUGAUCACUGUUCUAGGCAUUGCCUCCCGGGAAGAACAAUUGAAGGCCCUCAAUACUUGUGUUUCCCACAUCUGUGCUGUGUUGCUGGUCUAUGUCCCUAUGCUGGGGGUAUCCAUUAUCCAUCGCUUUGGGAAGCAUGUUCCAGCUGUGGUGCACAUCAUCAUGGGCUAUGUGUACUUAUUAGUCCCUCCUGUUCUCAACCCUGUUGUAUACUGCAUUAAGACUCGGGAGAUACGCACCCGUAUUCUGGGAAAUCUAUGGAAAAUUUAG